AUGGUAAUCAUAAUUGAAACUCGUAUUGGAGGGAGCAGAGCUAAGGAUAUCACUGACACUCUGCCUUUUGAUGGAGCAAUUACUACAGACACCAUUGGCUACGCUGGCGGACUUUGGCUGUUGUGGAAAUCUGAUGAGGUAGAAGUCACUCAAUUGGCAAAAACUGAGCAGGAAAUCCAUGUUGUUAUCAAGUGUGGUGGUAACCCGGUUAAUAUGAGUAGAGCCCUCUUGUUCAAAGACUGUCUGGAUUCUUGUGGAAUGUUAGAUAUGGGGUUUCAUGGAGCCAGAUACACUUGGGUUAAUAAGCAGGAUGAGGGGUUUUUUAUUCAGGAACGGUUAGAUAGAGCUUUUGCUAAUUGUGUUUGGUCUAAUCUGUAUCCAGAAGCCACUGUGAGACAUUUAACUAGGAUUCACUCAGAUCACUGUCCAAUCCUUUUGUCCUUAGAGAAUACCCCAGAGUUACAACUUCCCAGACCUUUCAGGUUUCAACCGAUGUGGAUGUCUCAUCCUCUUUUUGAGAAAUUAUUAUCGGAUAAUUGGACGGAUCAACAGGAGUUGGAAGCAAACAUGCAGAAUUUCACUGAGGCAGUAAAGAGAUGGAAUAAGGAGAUUUUUGGAAAUAUUUUUCAGAGAAAGGCAAGAAUUGAAGCAAGACUUAAGGGUAUCCAAAAAGCUUUAGCUUAUGGUCCCAGUAGGUUCCUCAUUAGGUUAGAUAAGCAGUUGAGUGAGGAGUAUUGGGAAGUCAGUCAACAGGAAAAGGAGUUUUGGUCUGUUAAAUCUCGGUAUAAUUGGCUUAUCCAAGGCGACAGGAACACAGCUUUCUUCCACAUGUCCACUCUGGUUAGAAGAAAAAGGAAUAAAAUUUCCUGUCUUAAAGAUAGGAUGGGGAAUCUUGUUCACAGGAAGGAGGAGAUAGCUGAACUUUUGAGGGAAGGGUUCUCUGCUCUUUUUGAAACUAGUCAGUGUUUAGCUCAGAGGGCUCCAUGGGACAUUCCAAGUUGGCACAGCUGUGUAAUGGAGGAUGAAAGAGAAGUGCUUGAGGAAGGUGUGACUAGUAAGGAGGUCGAGAUCAGUUUGUGA